AUGAAUGACGGAAAGAACACCUGCAAGCUACCCAAAGUUGACGGUCCUAUUAGUGGUGGCCAAAGGGGAUACCCAUUUGCGAGCUAUUAUGGAAACAUUGACGAAAUCGGCUACAUCGAAGAAGAAUUCUUCUUGACAGGGAACGCGACGGAGUAUGAACCAGUUGGAAAUCUCAGUUUGGACGGCAAAUGGAAUUUGAAGCCUACAAAGAGUAGUUAUUACAAGACCCGAAUUCUCGUACGCAGACCAAAACAUCGUUCCCGAUUCAGCGGUGUUGCCCUUUUGGAAUGGAUCAACGUAUCAUUUGGCUACGAAGUCACUUUUGGUGGAGAUGCUCCUGGACUCUACGAAGAUGGAUCUAUCUAUGUCAUUGUAUCUGCGCAGCGUGUUGGAAUAUCCGGGCUCAAUAUUCCGAAUCCCCAGGGCCUUCAUCAGUGGGACUCAGAUCGCUACGGAUCUUUAACCAUUCCCAAUGAUACUGUCAGCUAUGAUAUUUAUACCCAGGUUGCUAGACUUAUCAAAUCACCUCAAGGACAGGUAAAGAUACUGGGCGGGUUUUCUCCGGAUAUUGUCGUCGGAGUUGGUGGUUCACAAUCUGGUUCCCGCGUCCUCGCAUACACCAAUGGUAUACAACCCCUUACAAAUGUAUUCGACGCUACUAUGCCAUUGCUAUCUGCCAGCCAGGCGGCUACCUUUUCUACUGAUCAUACAUCGGCUGGAGAACAGGCUCCGACAGUUUCGGCAAUGAUACGAACAGACUUGCAGAUUGCAGUCUUUAUGAUCAACAGCGAAUUAGAAGCUUCCUACACCAUCCUAUUUGGUACACGCCAACCCGAUACGCCAAAGUUUCGUUAUUGGGAGGUAGCUGGAGCUUCACAUGUCAACGUGCCAUUAUACGAAAAUCUCUUAUUGACGCUUAAUCGUGAUGGCGUUGAACCUCCGCAGCAGCUCUCUCAAAAUUGGAGUCGAGUAAAUUGGCUUCCAGUUGUGGAUGCCGCAUUCCGUUUGCUUCCAGCUUGGGUUAAACAUCGUAAUCCACCCUCACCGAUGCCAUUGAUCGAAGGAUAUCUCAACGGCACCACACCGAUACUGAAUCGUGCCUCUGAUGGUAAUGUCAUUGGAGGAGUCCGGCUCCCAGAGAUUACUGUUCCCAUUGCGAAGUAUGUCGGUCUUGUUGGUACAGGUUUGAAUGGAGCUACCAUUCCAUAUGACGAGGCAAAAUUGACAGAGUUGUAUCAUACGCAUGGGGAAUACGUGAAUAGGGUGAGAGAAGCAUCCAUUCAGGCAUAUGAUAGAGGAAUAAUUCUGAGCUAUCAAGUUGCACUUGAGGAGCAAAAGGCUGUAGCUGCUCACGUUCCAUACUAG